GGAGUGUGUUUUUGCAGAGGGGACAGCUUCACAACCGGCAGGCGCAUCAGCAGACCAGCAGCAGCAUCGUCAAUCGAUAGGUGGAAAUGUUCGCGGAGGGAACGGUGGAGAUGGUGGAGCGGAAGGAGGCGAAGGAGGAGGUGGAUUUGCCAUCAAUAGUUCUGAAGGAGAGUCGCUGGUUGGAUUUGGAUCUUCCAUCAGCCGUCCUCGAACCAGUACAUGUGUUGCUCAGGCUACAGGAGGAGAGACUGCCAGUUGGUGAGAAGGAGCAUGACACUUACAUUGGGAAAGGGACUGUCGUGGAUGGGCAUCUCAAAAGCUGGAAAUCAACAAUUCAUUUGGACAGGAUGCUGUUCCAUUUAGAUGGGCGACAAUGCAAUGCACUUCUGGGAAUUGUCAAUGCAGUGAUGAUAGACGUGACAGGUUGCGACCUGGCAUUCCAGCUGGGACCGCCAUCUGCACUGCAAGGGGACUCUGAGACAGGGCAAGGUUGGGCAAGUCUGGGGAAUAGUGGAUGGGUAAAGUCAGUGCUGUGGCGUGCAUUGGCCAAUGUUAGGGUGAGAGUCAACAACCUUGUGUGCAAGUAUAGGAUGGAGGGAGCUGUUGCAAGUCUGUCAUGCGAGUCGCUCACUGUGGAAUCAGCAGGGGAGGACUGGCAAAAGGGUUUUGUGUCACCGGAGAAGGGUCUGCGCAAAGUCUUCUCCGUUAGGAACCUAACCCUCUGCCUUGACAAGGUGGACAGAAGCGCCUUCAAUGGUGUGGCAGCAUAUCAAGGGGACUGGCUUGCCUUGACUGCUUAUCACGUGAACCUGGAACUGCCACUGUCGUCGGUAGCUGUCGCACGAGAUGAAGCCACGAUUGUCGUGGAGACACUCAAAGCCACUCUACUGGGAUCCAGAUUUGAGUGUUCUGGAGGGAACUCCGACAAGCAUGGUAUAGUUAUGAGGAGCGGGAUGACCCGUCCUGAAGUGAAGAAUAAGCAAACAGGCCAAUGGCCAGACAAUGACCAGUUGUCUGACGAAAGAUGGAGGAAGACGAGUCUUGAGGUGCCUCUGACACAGCUGUACAUCAACUCUGUUACAGUUCAGCUUCUGGCAGGCAUGGAGUCGUCUUGGCUAGCAGGCUCGCGCAGGGAAGGUGCUUGGCGCCCACACAAGAAAGGAGGGGAUCUUCCUAAAACUUCCCAAGGGUCACUCUCACGAGCUGUUGGAGAUUGCCACGAGGUGUUGUUGCAAAUGAGCAGUAUCCGUGUUAUCGCUGUUGUUUGCGAGGAUCAGAUGCCCGGAGCACCCAAUGACAAAGGCGUAGAAAUUGGAUUGCAUAUGCCAGGUUGCUGUCAAGGCAUGGCGGACAGCUCGGAGUUGCACUCCGAUGCUUAUGGCCGAUUGCGAGCGUGCAGAGACCCUGCGCUUUGGAUUGAAUUUCAGGGAGUCAGUGGCAUUCUCAGGCUGGAGAACAGUCCUGCAAGUGUUCAUAAACAAUGUGCGACAGCCCCCACAAGACUGGCUGAGGUGUCAAGAGUUAGUAACGAAUGUUUGCCAAUCGUCCUUGAUUGUCCAUUGAGCCGCUGUGGAUCGGAAGGUGCCUUGAAUAAGAUCUCGUGGAAUGCAGAUUUGAGAAUCUCUCUUGCAGAGACUGGUGUCGCAUGCUUUGAAGGAGAUGUAUCAGAUGAAUUGUAUGAAGGAGAGAGGGAACGGGUAAGAGAGGAGAGGAGAUGGGUCGAGAAGAGCGAUCUUCAUCAAUUGGGAGGGUCAGCGAUCAGCAUCCAGUCCGUACACUGGACUAUGACCCGUGACUGGCAAGAGAGUGAACAAUGCGAUGUUGGCUCUGCUGCAGAGAUGCCCUCGACUGGUGAUCAAGCUUACAAGCGUGUGGACCAGGAGACCCAGGAUGGGGCCAUCUUUAGGGUCCAUGAAAUCAAGGAUGCCGUGGAGCUGAUCGUUCCAGAACUCAUGGCCAGUUUCUCCAAGGAUCAAUAUUUGGUCCUCCUGCGCUUUGUCUUUUGCCUCUCAGCCCAGUUGAGGAGGUUGCCAAGCGAAUCCCGCCAGAUGAAUUGUCAGAGUAAAGGGAAUGAGCAUAAAGUCCCCAGUGCCUCAACAACAAGCCCAAUCAGGACGACGAGUGGAGAUAAGAGUGCUGCGCAUGGUUCCGAAUGUGCUAAUGAUGGAGUGGGGAUGCAUACGCCAACCAGUGAAAGCCAUCCUCUUCCGUCAGCGAGUAUGACAUUGACCAAGUGCAGAAGCCGACGGACAGCUAGAAUUCAGCUCUGUAAAUUGUCGGCGGAAAUGGAACUCUGGCGUGAAUCUCAAGGAACUGAUUCUGCAAGCUCAUCUUUGCUGUUGCUGGCUGCACAGGACUUGGUGAUGGAUGACGUCACAAGUUCUGGCUAUGGUAAAAUGAAAAGGAGGCGCGCGAGUCUUGAAUCAGCUGGAACAGUUCCCUCUGUCUCAGAGAUACUAGAACCGAUAGGUUGGAGAGGCAAACUGGCAGAUGACCUGUACAAACAUGCACAUGUUUUUGAAAUGUCACUUAGUCAUUUCGAAAUGAAUACCCGACGAACUUAUAAUCGUCGUCAGUGCAGUGCAUCUGCAGGAAGUGGAGGAGGACUACAAAAGAACGAAAGGAUGGGAAUGACUAUGCCGGAUGCGGGGGACGAGGGCUCAGACUUUGGUGUUGAUGAAGAUCUAAGUUGUGGCGACAGGGGGCAUAUUUGGGAUAGCUGCCGUUCGUACUCAGUUGUGUGUCCACUGGUGGUGGAUGGGAAUGCCUCUGCCUCUGGUAUACCUCAGAAAUCUCAAAUUCUUUCUUUGUCAUGGGAGUCUGGUAUUUGUGAGAUGGAUCAGGCGGAAGUGACAAUUGGACCGCUGGAUUACCAGGUCGAUCCCCAACUUCUGGAGGAGUUAAUCACUGUGGUAUGGGAACGGCGACGGUGUGGCUGUCCACUCUGUGGUGUUGACACCUUCCCAGUGUCGGUGAAUGCGCGUGUAAUCUGUGGUCCAUGCCGCAUUUGUACUGUCUCGUCUUUGGAGGGCUUAGGCUGUCGAAGAGGCGGAAACAGACGUGGGGAUGCAGAUGUUGUUGGAUUGUUUCUCACCGUUGAACAUUGUGUUGGGAUACUGCACAACACUUUGGCGUCUGACGUGCGGCGAUGGGCAGGUGUGCAUGCUUUGGCCGAGUCGGUGCCAGGUGAUACCCAGGUGAAAGGAGGAGCUGGGACAAUGGCUUUUCCCGAGCCUGCUACGGUGAUUGGGGCAUGCCAGAGUGACCGAGAUUGUGCGAACGUCAACGAUGGAAAGGUCUCAGAGGAAAACCAACUGAUUCCAACAAUUGUGCCAGGCUCAGCUCUCAAGGUUCAGAACUUUGAGUUCUCUGUUAUUGGCACUUCUGCUUCAGUUAUGGGUCCUGGCCUGAGCAUCCCAGCUUUGGUGAUUGACCAUGCUGAUCUUCAUGUCGGAGGCACAGUCUCCGGUAACCCUGUGCCAAUCACCAUCCACCUGGAUGUAGGGCAUCUGGGCAUCCAAGUCUGUCCGCUAACUGCUCAGUUGAUCACAAACGUGCUUCUUGCCCUGGGCAGCUCCUGGGGAAAGACAGCUUCGAUGAGGAUGGCCUGUGCUGGGCCAGUGAUGCCUACCGAUGAUCUGCGAUCAGGCAUUUUCAUGCGAGCAGAAGGUGGCCAGCAAAGGGCCGGAAAGGGGGAGGUUAUGUGGGCUGACACUCGUCAUUUGCCGCAGAAUCAUGUGCCUGGAGGAAAUCAUCUGCAUCUCAGUGGUCAGCAACAGCCCAUGGGUGGCGUUAGCCAACACGGCUGGAUCACCUGGAGGUACCCUUUUGAAAGACAUGUGGGACUUGUCACGAUAACUGGAAGCCUUCGGAAGGAGAUGAAAGUGGCGAGCAGUGAUGUUACGAGGGACGAGAGCCGGUCUCUCACAAUGAUUUACCUCCAGUUGUCUGCUUUUGACAGGACUCUGGGUAGAUUCGUGGAGGCAGCCCCUUUAGCGAUUGCCUGCAUUGAAGAUUGGCAGCGAAUUGUGAUCAGCACAUCAAGGCCGAUAAGCGCUGAAGAAUGGCUGCUGUCGUGGGCCAUUCAGGUGGACAGGAGGAUGCCAGGUAGUGAAAGGGGCGAUUGUGCGGAAACUGGACAAGGAUCAGGAUUCGUGACGGCCAUUGAGAUUCUGAAGAUGGUGGAGGUGAAUCCGACAACAGCCACAUACGAUCAAAAAGUGUGGGAUGGCACAGCAGUGGUCCCAUUCUUGAGGAUGGAUUUGAAGGCCCAGUAUAUGCAGGUGGCGUUCAUGGAAAGACCAGAGCAAGGAGAGGCGUUGGAAGUGAUUCAAAUCCAGGGUCAGGGAGUGAAGGUGGACUUUCUCAUGUGGUCACCGUUGGUCUGGAGAAUGCUUUAUACAGGGAUGAUGAAGGGAGAAUUCCUGCAUCGAGCCUGUGGUACUUAUGAAACCGCAGUGGAACCUUGUCACCUCUCAUCCGUUCUUGAGAUGCGGGUAAUAGAGACUUCUAUGGAAGUUGCAGAACCGGCUUCGAUCCCUCUUUCAAGCACAGGUGGCAGCCAAACAACAGUCCCCUGGACUGCUGAAGGCCAGGGCGUGGGCGACCAUAGCAGACCCAUGGAGAUUGGAAGCGAUGAGAUCUUGCCCACCAAGGAAGGGUUUCGAAUCCGAGUGAAUGUGGAUGGCGAGAUGUCCAUUCGGGUCCAGGAUGCUGCAAUAGUUGAGGUGCAGCGCAUGGUGGGACUCUGCUCGAGACAAAGAAACAAUGUCCAGAGCCCUGGCAACACGGCGAUCACCAGCAGUGGAUGGAAAGGGAAUGGCUCCCUUGGGUACACAGUGAAGAAUGAAUGUCCUGUGGACAUCGUCUUUGGUCAAGAUGGAACGAGAGAAGGUGUGUUGCUCAAGGCAGAAACAUCAUGCUCGUAUACAUGGGCUGUGCCUCCCUCAUUGCAUCCGAGUGGCCGAACGAGUCUUCGUAUACGCAUAGCUGAGCCCUUGUUCGAGAGUGGCAUUGCAGGGGGCAAAGAUAUUUGUCGGAGUGAGAGGAGAGAUGCAAACUCGAUGAACCAGAGCAGUUGGUCUCCUCCAUUUUCCAUUGACGACGAAGGUGUCGUGCAUAGGGGAAUGCCUUUAGGAACAGAAGGGGUUGUGGGGGUUGUUAUUGAGGUGCGUCGAGGGCCUAGGAUGAUGGUGUCUGUCGUUAUUAAACCGGGUCAGCGGAUCGUUAACCACACAGCAUCAACGCUCUUGGUUAAGCUUCGAGGAUUCUUGCCAACAGAGCACCCAAGGAAACUUGCAAGUGAACCGAAGUCAAUUCGGAAUGAAGGCAUAGGACCGACUGGCAAAAGGAAGGCUUUCACUGUCACCGGUCAGGGCUCGCCUGAAUCAUGUUUCAUGCAGCGGCCACUGUUUCAGAUGGAUGAGAGAGUGAUAGAAGUUCCUUCACAUUCUGAAGAAAGUGGAAGUAAGAAGAACUGCACAAGAGUUCUGUGCCUCAUUCCAGGGCCUUCACUACAAAGGUUGCAGGUAAAUGCUGGAGGUCAUGCAGUCCAGGGCAUUGCAGACAAAGGCUGCACGAAGCCACAGCUCAGUUUCUGCUUGGGUGGUGAUGGAAUGUGGUCAAAAUGGGUUGACCUGCCAGAGUUUACUGGGGUUUCACAAAUCUCAACGUUAUUGGUCUCGACGGAAAAGGUUGUAGAAUGGGACACCACAGUAGGCAAUGAGAGCGAUGAAGUCCCCGCUGGACCGAAUUUCCUCUGGUGCCAGAUGUCAUUUCUGAAUGCCCCGGUCAAUAAGGAAUUGACGGUCAUGGUGUGGCCUCCAUUCUUGAUCCACAAUGCCCUGUACCAAGAUCUGGAAGCUAGAACGGGUUCGCAGGGAGGGCAGCAGAGCAGUAUCAGAGCUGUGCGACAUGGUCGGAAAGUGCCUCUUGCCGUUACUGCAUCUGGCGUACAGUAUUUGUCUGUCCGGAUCAUGCAUGAAAGCGGGGAAAGGUCAAGUGGCAUAAGUGCACUGGACACUGAUUUGGGAUCUCUGAAUUCCCCCAAUUAUAGGAACACGUCGAAGAUGAGAAGCCCAUUCUUGUAUGGUGUACAAGAUCAGCACGUCACUGAGAGGGGACGGGCUACCGCAGGUUUGUGGUCAUUAAGCCUUCGUUUACUUGUGUGGAAGCAGAAGGCAGGGCAGAAGCAGAAGAAGGGGGCUGAUCAAGUAAUGCUGUUGGUCCCCGGCUUGGGUGACCACAAGAUGCUGUCCCUGACAAUGGGAGGUCGUAAUCAUCAAAAAGUCCCUGUAAUCUUGACGGCAAGAUUGCUCCAGAAGGGUAUUCCAUGUGUUGUCCUGUCCUUCCUUCCCCAAGCGGUCAUUCACAAUCAUUUGCCAGUUCCUAUUCGGAUCACGACUGAUGCCAACAUCUCACUUGGCUUAGCUACAGAGGUGGAUCCUGCCAGCAAAGCAUUGUUCAACUGGCGGGAAACAGAGGAUGAGCGCCAUGGUUCAAGGACUUGCAUGGCAAAGAUAGCACUGGUGUUUUCUGCCCAACGGAAGUCACCGCUUUACAGUGCUCCAGAGGAUGGCUGGCCAAUUUCUGGGGCCACAGCACGGCCUACUUUGGGCGAAGAAGAGAGGCAGCAACCUCUUGCAUCUGUGUGGUGGCUGUCUCCAGUGAACCUCGAAGCAAAGAACUUAACGUGUGCUUCCACAAUCGUGGCUAAUCAGGAGUAUCGCGUAGUUGUGCGGACAACGUUCGAGAGUUUUGGAGAUUAUGCUACUAGCGAUGCGGAGACCCUCCGAUGCUGCCACGUGGCAGUCUACCCGUGGGCAGUGGUAUCCAACAUGUCAAAAAGAGACCUUUAUGUUGGUGUGGGACAUCUGGUUGGUUUAUGUGAGCCAGGGAGCAGCCUUCGAUCUUCCGUCUUCUUGUCUCGAGCGGGAGCACAUAUGAUCCCUGUGAUGACACUUGGUUGUGGCAAUCAGCUGCCUGAGGAAGGGAGCGAUGAAUGGCAGGGGCUUGAGAACAACCCGAGAGGGCUUGCAGCAUGUGGAUCAGAAUUGUUCAGACUUGCGAUUCCAGGGGGCACCCAUGCAAUGUCACCAGCUGCAGCUCCAGUCUCCUCCAAAGAUGAGGAGAUCCCUCUUGUCCGACAUCAUGUCGAUGAGGACAGCGCCAUAACACUGAACAAAGGAGAUGGGAGAGGUAGGACGGUCACAAUGAUGGGUCCAUGGUCUGCUCCAUUUGUCGCUUCAAGCCAGAUAUGUCGGCAGAGAGUCCUGCUUACAGCGCCCGAUGGGGAAGGUGCUGGGCAUGAUGUUAUGCUGACGUGCACUGCAGUUUAUGCUGAUGCGCAGGUGCAUCUUAUCAUGUAUGAAGAUCCUUUCCCUCUGGUCACUGUCACAAAUGGUCUGGAUCUCCCUGUCGAAGUGUGCUGUUCCGAGACACGCAAAGUGCAGCCAGAUCGGGCCGUAAUUGUGCGACCACGAUCGAGCGUGGACUGUGAUUGGGAAAUUGGAGAGAGCAGCACAGAUCGGGCAGAAGACAACCCCAUGUGUGGUCACAGUAGACGCAGCCAGAGAGGAGAAUGGGAAGAAGUGGAGGAUGGAGAAGGGAACGAGGCAUGGAAGGUGUGCCGGGACGAUAGAGUCACUUUUGAGGAGGAGUUGGAUGAGGAGAUGUGGCUGCACAUGAAGAAGGGGCCAAAACGGGGGUCCAUUUUUUUUCGUGUUCAUGGUGAAGAAUGGCUUCCGCCAAUCGAGUUGAGUGAAGCCAUGGUGCGGAGACAUAGGAUCCUUGUUGGAAAACACCAAGAGUGUUUCUUGCUGGUGGAAGUGUCAAGGGCAGGACCGACAUACUCAGUUGAAAUACGACAACAGCGGGAGAGUGAGGAGAACUGUGCAUCAAGCAGCAGAAGAGGAAACAUACUUGUUGACUCAUCCGAUGCAGGAAGAAAUAGGUGGGUGGAGGGAAGGAAAACUGAACCUGCAGCAAAGAAAACACCUGUGGAUAAUGUACAUGUGGAUGUGUACAUUGAAGCCCUGAGGAUCCGCAUGUGUGACGAUGAGCGGUCCAUUUUCCGGGGGUGGGAGAUGGAAUAUGCACAGGUUAGGAAAGGAAGAAUGACUGACACUGAAGGAGGGGGGAGUGGAGGGGAUAGUUCUACUGAGAUUGCAGUGAUGAGUGUCGACGGUGUGCAUGUGUCGAUUACAAGGCAGAUGGUCGGCGGUGCUGUACAGAUGCAGGCUCUGACCAGUGGAGCUUUGUACCAUCCGCUGUUCACGGUUGUGUCGCUGAACGCUUCUGCGCAAACCAUCCAACUUGACAGCUUCUUGCCUAACUCAGAGAUGCCAGUUGUUCUGACAACUGAGUUCAUGCCAACCAAGCGGCCAGUGAAGGUGGACACAGGUACUGUGGAACCUCCAGGCUUCUAUCUUGCCUUUGAGGCUUGUGGACCACCUCAGCCAAGUGGGGAGGGUGGUUUUGAUGCCCAACGAUUGCAAUGGUGGAUUCACCAUAUCCGUUUGUCUCUGAAGCCCUUGAUGCUGAAUGUUGAUGAUGAACUGAUUGCUCUGAUCGAACGGCUGCAGAGGCACUACUCGGAUCGCUCAGUUCAGAGAUUGACAAGAACGGGAGUCGAGGGGUCACAUCCAGUUGGUGACGGGAAUGCUAAUGAAGGCGGUAACAUUUGUGUGGCCAGUGAUCGUGAGGAGGCAGAUGAUGCCGAGGCCCAGCAUUAUGCCAAACAUGGUUGGGAGAAGGGGGAGGAAAUGAUAAGAAAGGAUGGAUCUCCAGACAUGUCUGCUGCUCCCGAACGAUAUCAGGACUUCACGUUCGUGGAACCCCGACUGUUCAUUGGUGAGGUUCGGAUCGAGGAGGUGUCCUUGCUGGUAACGUUACGGAUAUCGAGGCCAGUGGUACUUGGAACGCACCGCUCUCCUGUCAUUCUCUCCCGUUUGCACAUUGUGGAUGUGCUCCAUCCUCCAGCAGUGAUUUUCCGAUCUGUGCUUGCUCGUUAUGUAUUGGAAAUUCUUUACAACAUGCCGAGCGUGCUUGGCUCCCUCGAACUGUUAUUCAAUCCAACUGGGCUUGUGAAGAGCAUCCAUGCAGGCUUGAGGGACCUUGUCAGAAUGCCACUUCAAGAGGGAAGGGCAGGUUUGCCUGGCUUCUUGUAUGGGCUGGGUAGGGGGGGAGUGUCACUGGUCUCUCACAUGUCUCUGUGGUCAUUGACAUCAAUAGCAGGAUUCUCAUCUGCUUUGUCUCUGAUACUUGACCGUGCCUGCUACGAUGAUGGCAUGAAGCUGGAUAGAAGUUUGAUAGCUGCAGCGGUCGGCAGAGGUAAAGGAAAAGGAGCACCUCAUCGGCAUCUGUCACAUCGAAGACUGGUGGGCCUCGGGAUCGCAACUGGUCUAGCCGGCCUUGGCCAAGGUAUUGCUCGAGGUGUUUCUGGCGUGGUUACGGCACCUUUGAAAGGUGCAGCUCGCGGAGGUGGUUCUGGCCUGAUUUUGGGAGUUGGCAAGGGUUUACUGGGUGCCAUUGCUGGUCCCGUGAGUGGUGCCUUGCAGCUUGUUGCACAGACAUCGAAUGGGAUAAUUGGAGCAAGAGGGAUGCCUAUGCCCUGGUCAGCUCGGAGACAGCAGGCCUUGGUGGAAAGUGAAGACGACAGUGCAGGUGAUGACAGUGCCAUGGGUGCAAGUUCAGGACGGUGGCGGUCUGUGAGGGAGGAGUGGAGUGGCAUUCGUGCGCGGUACCUGAGUCGCAGUAGUCGUUGGCGGCUGGCCAGAAUAGUCCUGGGUAAUGACUCUGAAAGGUACCACAGCGAUGUGGAAGUUUUCUCGGCCGUGGUAACGGGUGGGACGCGACUGAGUCCUCGACACCUGGCAAGGCCAUUGCUUGUCCUUACAAGUACUGCUCUCUAUGCCCUGGAAUGCAGAGGAUGUGCAGUGGUCGCACAACUGCCACUGACUGGUCUGGAGGUCGAUGAGGAUCCGGUUGAGAUGGUACUGACAAUUGCAGCAGGGGAGGAGGGGCAGUCGAGAGGAACUGUUGUGCAAGCUGAUCGGAUUUUUAGCGGUAAUGGGGAGGAAGAAGAAGACGAGGGAGAUGAUGAAAGGGAAGGAGAAAAGUUUUCCAGUCAGCAAUGGCCAGUACAGCUGUAUGUUACGUUGGAUCGGUUUGCGUGGACAGCUUGGCUGCCGGGAUUAAGAAGAUUGGUGACCGCCUGUCGUCGGAGUUGAUGUGACUUUAAACACCGCUUUCAAAACCCAGACGCAAAAGAGUCGUGGCCUUUGUCGUUGCAGCCUGUGCUGCUGUUUGGGAGAAGAAAAAGACUGUCAGCUUGGCCUCUGCCUAACAUCUUCCUGGAAUGAAAAAUCACUUGCAAGCCUCGCGACUUGACGCCAUUGCAGUCCACGCCUGUGCAUGUUGAGUGGUAAGUAAGGUGUUUGCGAUUUUAACCCUGUAGAAUGUAAUGAAGUCAAGGGGAGUGAUGGCUCACACCUUUGAACUUUGAAGUCAGUCGUUAAUUGGCGUCGAGGGUAACAGAGUUUAUCACAUUCUGUUGGGCUGUUGGGUUGAUCUUGCACCAUUCCUCGGGCUUUACGUGAAUAAUUUGGAAAGGACGGGGGGGGGGGGGGGGGGUUCUUUACGAUGUGUGCCACAGGCGAACGGUCGGCGGAGGUUGCUGUGACUCUAUAUGAGAACAGCUGUGCCAGAGGCUUGUGGCGACUCUGUACUAGAACGGCUGUGCCAGAGGCCUGUGGUGACUCUGUACGUGGACAGCCUUGCCAGGUAUGACGGAAAAGGCUAGCUUGGAAACCCACCUCCAUAGAGGAUUGUGGAUGCGGUGAGAAUCUUCGUAGGGCGGCUUUGCUGUUCAAGAAGAUUCUGGUCUGUGGUCUCGGAUGCACACUAGCUGCACUAAAACCAGUCAAGAAGAUUCUGGUUUGUGGCCUCGGAUGCACGCUAGCUGCACUAAAACCAGCAGUCCCUUUCCUCAGCUGUUUUGUUACGACAUGCUGGUUAACCCGCAGCAUAGUUAUCUGCACCCUUGUAGGGAAGGACAAAAAAAAAAAAAAAAAAAAAACGCUGCUUAGUGAGGGGUCGGGCUACUGGACAGAAAAGGCUGGCUGCGCUACGCAAAAAACAAAAUAUUUUGUCCCCAUGGGCCCAUGGUCUAGGGCCGCUUUGACUGGGUGAAACCGUGAAAGCACCAAUAGCUUGGUUUAUGGACUGCGUUUGCGCCUUUAUAAUGGUGUUCUUUUGUAGCCCGUAUAUUAAUUACAAUAAUUGCAGAAUUGAGUUAGUAAGUAGUCAAGGUGGUGGUUUCUUAUCGUAGGGGAUAUAGCGAAGGCGGGGCCAUCUUCCUUCUUUCUUUGAAAAGGGGAACCAUUGUUUCCGUCAGGAUUCGAACCUUCAAUUUGUUCGGUCAAGAGUUUGCUGGCCUGUACCGAACAGCCACAGGAAGGUGUGCAGAGGAUUGAAUGCCCCCAUCCACACCCCCACAGCCCAUUAAAGAGCUGAGGAUCUUCCAGGCCUCAUUUCAUGAAUAUUGUUGCCCCACAUA